AUGUCCGGCUUCGAGGUGGCAGGCGUCGUCUUGGGAACCAUUCCCUUGGUCAUCUCGGCACUUGAACACUACAAGCAGGGCAUCUCGACGAUCCGCACUUGGCGCAACUAUAACAGAGAGCUUCGCAUCCUGAUCCUGAGUCUAGAAACCGAGCGGGUUAGAUUUCAGGACGUUUGCGAAAAGCUUCUUGUUGGGCUGGUUUCGCCCUGUCAGAUUGAAUCCAUGAUCGAGGAUCCAUUUGGUCCAGCAUGGCAGGAAGACGUAAUCCAAGCCAAAAUCAAGGCUAGGCUGUGGAGGUCCUUCAGCAUUUUUGAGGACAUCGUCACAGACAUGGAAGAAGCGACCAAGGAAAUGAUGAAAAAGCUCGACCUUCAACCGGAUGGCAAGAUCAAAUGGCAAGAGGCCACUUUUGUCAUAAGAGAGUUCAAGCGCGCCUCAUUCGUUCUGAAGAGAUCAGACCAUGCAGAGCAGAUGACGACGAUCAAGGAUGGAAUCACAAGCUUGGAGUCAUUGAUUGAUCGCAACAUCAAGAUGGAACCAGAGAGAAAACUAAGAUCUCAAGGUCGACUCAUGAGACUUGUCCGGGAGUUAUCGGCCAGCGUAUACCGUGCAUUACGGUCGAGCUUUCAAUGCAGCUGCGCCCACGAGGUUCAUCUUGGUCUGGUUUCACGUUCAGUCGAGCUCGCGCAGAAGGAUGAAGAUGAGGAUGUCAUUCAGAAACUCGCUUUUCAAUUGGCUUUGACUUACGACAAGAUCGAAAAAACGGCAAACGACGAGAAGGAACCUUGUGAACGGGUGGCGUGGGAGGAAGUCCGCGUUCAGGCGCUUCCAAAGGCGACAGCUCAGACUUUAACAUCCGUCGGGAGGACUUCGAAGACAAAGAUGCCUGGUAUGGGAAAGAGCAAGAGCGUCAGCUUCACCAUGUCUCACUCAGCAACUGCCACUACAACUUGCAUUGGGCAGACUUCGACUAUGGUUGUCCAGCAGUCCUUCUCGUCUCUGAGUAUCAGCUCUUCAAAUUUGGGGUUGCAUGAUCACAUUAAUCUCUGCGAACGCAUUCGUCGGAGUCAGAAACAGCUCGCUUUCGAUUGCUAUGGGAUGAUCAGAGAUCGCAGUGGUCAGAUGUGCCGAGACUUUGGCGUCUACCCAACAUUUGGCUCAGAUCGCGAGCAGUGGUCAGUAAUCUCACUGACAGAGGUCCUAGAGAGACCGCUGGAGUUCCCACAUAUGUCGGUGUCAGCGAAGCUACAUCUGGCAGCUAUGAUAGCUUCCAGCUUUCUUCAACUACACCAAACGCCAUGGCUUCCAGAAAUCCUGACAAGCCGCGAUAUUUUGUUCUUCAAGAGAGGGGAGGAGCUUCAGUACGAGCACGCCUUCGUCAUGAAAGGCCUACAAGAAAGGCUAGAAGACAAACAGAAGGGGAACAACUCGGCACCCAGCAGUCGCUGCCCCGCUCUGCUCGCUCUCGGGAUCUUGCUGCUGGAGCUGAACCUGGGACGCACGAUUGAGUCGCUUCGAAUCCAGUAUGAGACACCUCCGCCUGGGGCUCCCAGGUUAAUGUACGACUCCAUGACGGCGCAGAGGCUGCUGCAGGAGAGGCAGAUGGACAGCCUGAAUUACAAGAGUGCCGUGCAACGGUGCAUUGGGGGAGAAUUUGCGCGGCCGAAGCUCGACUUGAAUGAUGAGGACUUUCGGCAAGAGAUAUACGAAAAGGUUGUGGCAUUGUUGGAGACGGAUUUGAAGAACGCGACGUGGUCUUACGAUGUGGGCAUUUAA